AGAGGAUCAGCAUUUGAAUUUGUAAGUGGAAAGGGAAUCGGCACUAUGCACACAGCGACAAGCACCCAAUUGUAGUAUUUUCUAGCCAUCAAACAUUUUUUUUUUCUUUUUGGCUCUCUAAUUUUUCUCUAUAUAAACAGAGCAAAAUGCUCCUCUUUAUGAUCCUACUCCACUAGCACUACUACUAGCUAGGUAGCUAGGCUAUCCCAAGUUAGCUGGUAAAGAGUUAUAAUACACCACCUUGUUCCUUAGAGACCAAGUAAUUUGUAGCUAUGGCGGUGAACAUAACAUCCAUUAGAACGUCGUCGAAUGGAUUUUGGCAAGGAGAUAACCCCCUUGACUUUGCCUUCCCACUUUUGAUUGUUCAAACCACCUUAAUCCUCGUUGUCAGCCGCUUCCUUGCCUUUCUUCUCAAACCCCUCCGCCAACCCAAAGUUAUUGCUGAGAUUGUGGGUGGAAUUCUACUAGGACCUUCAGCAUUUGGACGAAACGAACAUUAUUUGCACCGAAUAUUUCCUAAAUGGAGCACUCCCAUACUUGAGUCCGUGGCAAGUAUUGGACUUCUCUUCUUCCUCUUCCUCGUCGGCUUAGAGCUCGAUUUGACCUCCAUUCGCCGCAGCGGCAGAAGAUCUUUCGGCAUAGCCCUCGCCGGUAUUUCCCUCCCUUUCGUCUGCGGCAUCGGCGUAGCUUUCCUACUCAGAAAAACUGUAACCGGAGCCGACAAAGUAGGCUUCGGUCAGUUUCUUGUCUUCAUGGGAGUAGCGCUUUCCAUCACCGCCUUCCCGGUACUCGCCCGGAUCCUAGCGGAGCUCCGACUGCUGACAACUCGCGUCGGAGAGACGGCCAUGGCCGCGGCCGCUUUCAACGACGUCGCUGCAUGGAUCCUGCUGGCUCUUGCCGUUGCCUUGGCUGGAAACGGAGAAGGUGGUGGACACAAAAGCCCUUUGGUAUCAGUCUGGGUUCUCCUAUCUGGGUUCGGAUUCGUGGUCUUCAUGAUGGUGGUGAUCCGACCCGCGAUGAAGUGGGUCGCCCGAAGAUGCUCGUCGGAGCAUGAUGCGGUUGACGAAGCCUACAUCUGCUUAACAUUAGCGGGAGUGAUGGUUUCAGGGUUCAUGACCGAUGUAAUUGGAAUCCAUUCGAUAUUCGGAGCUUUCGUUUUCGGGUUAACUAUUCCGAAAGAUGGUGAAUUUACAGAGAGAUUGAUGGAGAGGAUUGAAGAUUUCGUAUCGGGUUUGUUGCUUCCUCUUUACUUUGCAUCGAGCGGAUUAAAGACGGAUGUGGCUAAGAUAAUUGGAGCCAAGUCUUGGGGGCUUCUGGGAUUGGUUAUAUCCACCGCAUGCGCCGGAAAAAUUCUCGGCACGUUCGUCGUGGCCGUGAUGUUCAUGAUUCCGGUGAGAGAGUCUCUGACGCUGGGCCUUUUGAUGAACACCAAAGGUUUAGUGGAGCUCAUUGUUCUCAACAUUGGCAGGGAGAAGAAGGUGCUCAAUGAUGAGAUAUUUGCAAUAUUAGUCCUGAUGGCACUCUUCACCACCUUCAUCACAACUCCAACAGUCAUGGCCAUCUACAAGCCGGCUCGCGGCCACUCCAUUCCAACUCGCCGCAAGCUCCGAGACCUCUCCUCCACCGAAGAUUCCCAAGACAAGCUUCGAAUCCUUGCUUGCGUUCAUGGUCCCGGAAAUGUUCCCUCACUCAUCAGCCUCGUUGAAGCGAUUAGGAGCACCAAGAAAUCCCUACUCAAGCUUUUUAUCAUGCACCUUGUGGAGCUCACGGAGCGCUCAUCUUCCAUCAUCAUGGUCCAAAGAGUUCGCAAGAAUGGAUUUCCAUUCCUCAACCGUGCACGACGCGGGGAAUGGCACGACCGGCUCGCCGGCGCAUUCCAAGCUUAUAGCCAAUUAGGCCGAGUAAAAGUCCGACCCACCACGGCAAUUUCGUCAUUGUCCACAAUGCAUGAGGAUAUUUGCCAUGUUGCUGAAGAUAAAAGGGUGACUAUGAUCAUCCUUCCUUUCCACAAGCUAUGGAGAAGCGAAGGCGGCGAGGAGACUGUGGAGAAUGUAGGCCAUGGUUGGAGAGGAGUCAAUCAGAGGGUGCUAAAUCAUGCACCAUGCUCCGUAGCAGUGCUUGUGGACCGUGGAUUUGGUAAUGUUGGGUCGCAAACUCCGGGGCCUAAUGGUAGUAUAACUCAACGGAUUUGUAUUGUUUUCUUUGGUGGUCCUGAUGACCGUGAGGCCUUGGAGUUAGGUGGUAGGAUAGCCGAUCAUCCGGCGGUCAGAGUGGCCGUCCUGAAGUUCACCGAGAAGGAAGGUUUUGAGAGUAAUGGAAUUGUGCUGCGGCCAUCAAACACCAAGUCCAAAGAGGAAAACUAUAGCUUUUCAACCGCCACAAUGAACCGAGAGAACGAAAAGGAACUCGAUGAGGCUGCGAUAGCAGAUUUUCGAAGCAAAUGGGGUGGAGUGGCCGAGUACACAGAGAAGAUAGGAAGCAACAUCGUUGAGGGAGUGUUGGCAAUAGCGCGCAGUGGAGAUUACCAUCUUAUGGUAGUAGGCAAAGGUCGGUUCCCAUCAAGCAUGGUGGCAGAACUAGCAGACCGACAUGCCGAGCAUGCCGAAUUGGGGCCGAUUGGAGACAUCUUGGCUUCAGCAGGCAAUGGUGUGGUUUCUUCGGUGCUUGUAGUUCAGCAACACGAUGUAAACCAUGCAGAGGAAGCUCCAGUGUCAAAGAUACUGCACACUGCUGAAUAUGAGAAAUUCAAAGGCAAUGAAUCCUCUACCAGCGAUGGAGAGAUUUCAAAAGAUAUUGCGUGAUACAAAUUAGGCCGGUACAUUUAAAUUUGUGUAUAUAAAUGUUUGCCACCAGCUUUGUUGUCCACCUUAUGUUUCAAUGUUAUUUGUAAAAACUACUCCCCACCUUUAGGGGCCCGCUAUAUCUGCUGUUGACAAUCGUCUGACAAGUCUCCUUGACAAGGUUUCUUUGGGGGUUCCAAACACCCAUAUUACCGGAUGAAAACCAAAAACAGAUAUAAACCAGAGUACCAAGUGAAUAUUCUUCCAUAUAUAGAGGUUGGUAGCUUCGUAAACCAAGAUUUUGUUACAAUGUGAAAUGAUUGUAACCAUAAUACAUCUUCAUUUGAAUCAGAGCUAAAUUUAAUCAAAAAUAAAUAAAAAUUACAAAUUUUGUUAUGGAGUAUCCAUAUCAAUUAAAGACGAUGAAAAGCAGUCGAUACCAAAUCCAAAGAGAAUAACAAUUCCUCACGCGUACAAAUAGCAGUCUUUUCCAUUGGGAAAUUAUGCUUGUUUUGAUAGUCUUCUUUUUUUUUUUUUUUUUUUCUUUUUUGGGGGAACACAUUUGAAACUACUUUCAAA